CCAGUUACACGUGAGCAGACGAGUCGCAAAGGAGAGUUAAAGGAUUUGACCCAAACAUGGAUAUCAGACCAAAUCAUACAAUUUAUAUCAACAAUAUGAAUGACAAAAUUAAAAAAGAAGAAUUGAAGAGAUCCUUGUAUGCCCUAUUUUCUCAGUUUGGGCAUGUGGUAGAUAUCGUGGCUCUGAAGACGAAGAUGAGAGAGGCCUUUGUUAUAUUUAAGGAACUGGGCUCCUCUACAAAUGCUUUGCGACAGUUACAAGGAUUUCCAUUUUAUGUCAAACCAAUGAGAAUCCAAUAUGCUAAAACAGAUUCUGAUAUAAUAUCUAAAAUGCGUGGUACUUUUGCUGACAAAGAAAAGAAAAAGGAAAAAAAGAAAGCUAAAACUGUGGAGCAGGCUGCAACAACUGCAAACAAAAAGCCUGGACAGGGAACACUAAAUUCAGCUAGUUCCCAAGGAAAUUCAACACCAAAUCCUCAGGUCCCUGAUUACCCUCCAAACUAUAUUUUAUUCCUUAAUAACUUACCAGAAGAGACUAAUGAGAUGAUGCUGUCCAUGCUGUUCAAUCAGUUCCCUGGUUUCAAGGAAGUCCGUCUGGUACCUGGGAGGCAUGACAUUGCUUUUGUUGAAUUUGAAAAUGAUGGGCAGGCCGGAGCUGCCAGGGAUGCUUUGCAAGGUUUCAAGAUCACACCGUCCCAUGCCAUGAAGAUCACCUAUGCCAAGAAAUAACAUUUGGGCUAGUCUUCCUUAAAGGACUUGACACUAUUUGUAGUGUUUGUUUUGAUAACAUUUGGUCAGGUCAUUUAAAGUUGAAGUUGAAAGGACUGAAAGUGAAAUUGUUGUGACAUUUUAAAAAAAUCAUCCAGUUUUUCUUUAGCUUCAGUUAACUGUGAAAUAUUAAGGCCUUAAUUUUGUACAAUAAACUUAUGUGUAUCCU